AUGGAUAAUUUCGAUACAGAAAGGUUUAUUAUCGAAAUUAUAAGUAGACCAUCAAUUUGGGAUAAUUCCUCAUUAGAUUAUUCCGAUAGAGAUUUGAAAAAGAAAUGUUGGGAGAAAGUUGUAGAUUUGUUUGGAGAACAGGAGCAAACCGUUGAACAAAAAAAGAGCUUAGGGUUAGUGUUGCAAAAAAGAUGGAAAAGCAUCAGAUCAUGCUAUGCGCGGGAAGUCAAACGUCAAAACAAUGUAAAGUCUGGUUCUGGAGCCACUAACCGCAAAAGCGAAUACAUAUAUUUUAAGCAGUUACAGUUUCUACAAAAAGUAGUAGCUAUCAGAGAGAUAGGUGUAGAAGAAGAAAAUUCGGAGAGCACUGAAUUAGGGGAGCGACCUAAACAAAAAGUUACAAACAAACGUAAACUAACAGUAGACGAUGAUCCCUUUGUUCAAGCAUUAAAUAAUUCAAUUGAGCAAAGACGCCCAGCUGUGAUAUGGCCGUACUUUUUACUUAAUCCAAAAGAUAAUAGAAAUGCGAAAGUCGCUUCCCGGAUAUUGAAACAUGUGACGAAGAUUUAUGACUUGAAAUGGCAACUCCGGGACGGACAAUACUUAUCGGAGGAUCGUGGAGCUGUAAUUGUCUCAAAUCAUCAAAGCUCGCUCGAUAUUCUAGGAAUGUUUAACAUAUGGGAAGUGGCAGAUAAGAUUACAGCCAUUGCGAAAAAGGAGUUAUUUUAUGUAUGGCCUUUCGGUCUCUCAGCUUACCUGGGCGGAGUCGUUUUCAUAGACAGAAAUAACUCUAAAGGAGCCUACAAACAACUCCAAGUCACCUCAGAGGUUAUGGUAAAGAAAAAGACUAAGAUUUGGGUUUUCCCGGAAGGAACGAGGAACAAAGAUUACACAAAACUGUUGCCAUUCAAAAAGGGAGCUUUCAAUAUAGCAGUGGCGGCACAAGUACCGAUCAUACCCGUUGUGUUUUCGCCCUAUUAUUUCAUAAAUAGGGAGAAAUAUAUUUUUAAUAAAGGUCACGUCGUGAUCCAAUGCCUUGAACCCGUACCGACGACUGGGCUGUCAAUGAAAGACGUGCCGGAUCUCAUCCAAAAGAUUCAUGACCAAAUGACAGUAACCUAUAAGAAGUUAUUUAAGGAAGUCCUUACAGAUUUACCAGCAGACUACCCAAUCACCGUCAUAGGAUAG